GAAGCCCGAGGCCGUCUGCUCUCCGCUCAGUCUUCUGUGCAACAGCUACGAAAGCAGCUCUCAGAGUCCGACUUGUCUAAAAAAGACACAGAACGACGAAACCAGACGCUGCAGCAGGAAAAGGAGGCAGCUCAGCGAGAGCAGGAGGCGGCUAGGAAGGAGAAGGAGCGUCUGAAGCAGGAGAGGGACAUGUUGGUCAGUGAGAAGACGAACUUGGAGAAGUCGGUUCAGGCGGCUGAGAGCAGCAGGCAGAUCCUGCAGAUGGAGCGCGAGAAGCUUCAGCUGGCCGUGGCGUCCGCACAGCGAGAGCGGGACCGCGAAAGGGAGGAGAAGGAGGCCGCCGUUCAGGAGAGGGAGCGAGUGAAGGCCGAGGCUCAGAGGAUUCAGAAGCAGCGGGAUCAGAGCGAGAGCCGAGCGUCGGCUCAGCGUGGAGAGUUGUCUGCAGUGAGGGAGACUCAUCAGCAGGGGGAGGUUGAGAGGCAGCUGCUGGAGCAGGAGAAGACCCAGCUGUCCGCAUGGCUGGCUCGAGUGAGAAGAAAAACCUGCUUGUUUUGA